AUGUGCUUUAACACCUUCAUUCAACAUAUCAAAGUUGAAAAGUACCGUCAAUUUGGCUUCUCCUUUAAAUUGUUAAAUCCUAUCCACUGGUUCCAGUUUGCUGAUGACGCAGCCGUAAUUACUGGCCAAGAAACUGAAAACCAACAUCUGUUGAAUCGUUUCGCUAUUUGGUGCCAAUGGGCUGAUAUGAUUAUCCGUGUUGACAAGCGUAGUACCUUUGGCAUUAAGAAAGCAAUCACAAAAUCAGUGCAAUACUUGCCCAAACUCUUCAUUCAUAAUAACAUGAUACCAACAAUUAAGAGCGGUGAAGCAUUUAAUUAUUUAGGACGUUACUUUGACUUCAACAUGUCGAAUGAGAACCACAAGUAUGAACUUAUUACCCUUAUCAGUGAGUUAAUGUCUGAAAUUGACUCAAAACCACUCCAUCCAAAGAAUAAACUUCGUGUAUAUAGUCGUUAUGUCCUAUCAAAACUGUCAUGGCAUUUCACCGUCGCUACACUCUCAAAAACAUGGGUCAUCGAAAAUAUUGAUUCCGUAGUCAAUCAAUACAUCCGUAAAUGGCUAGAGAUUCCAAUCUCGGGAACACUUAGUUCUGUUUUCAUAACUUCUAAUAAAUUCGGCCAAGGUAUCUAUCCUCCAUCUGUAAAAUUCAUUCAAUGCCAAACUGUUAUUCGGAAAGCCUUAAAACUCUCUCCUAAUGAAGAAAUUAACGAGUUAUGGAAAUCUACUAAUACGCACACUAAUAUUCAAUAUGACGCCUAUAACAGUUCGAAAGAAGUGAUUAAAGAUUUCCGCUUAGGACAUGAAGUUAAACUCCGAGACCAGCUUCAUAUUCAAGGAUCCUUUUUCUCCAGUGUAACAAAGUUAUCAUUAUUACAGCUAAACAAGGUGUGGUCUAUCGCUCAAUCCAAGCUUCCAAAGAAUAUUUACAACUUUACCAUACGAUAUAUCAAUAACUCUCUUCCCACACGCAAAAACUUAAACAGAUGGGGAAUAUCUUCGAGUUCAGAAUGCACUUUUUGCCUUAACCCGGAGUCGUUAUUACAUGUGGUGGCUGGAUGUCAAUUUUAUCUUGAGCGGUUUACAUGGAGGCAUAAUUCGAUCUUAAACUUUCUUGCUGAUACAUUGCAAUCAGUAAAUGAUUGUACCCUUUACGCUGAUAUACCAAAUUUCAAGAGUCCUACCAUUAUUACUGGUGAUACAUAUCGUCCAGAUUUGUUAUUAUCUUGCUCAAAUGGUUCCUAUAUGUGGUCGAGCUCACCGUCGGGUAUGAGUCCAACCUAA